AUGAAGGUCACUAUUAAAGAAUGGAACGCGGUGGCAACAUGGAGAUGGGAUAUGCCCGAGGACGAAGUCUGUGGAAUAUGUCGGGUACAGUUCGACGGGACGUGUCCUACAUGUAAAUAUCCAGGAGACGAUUGUUCAUUAUUAAUCGGAAAAUGCGGGCACUCCUUUCACAUGCAUUGUCUCCUGACGUGGAUUGGCCAGGAGUCUUCGAAAGGUCUAUGUCCCAUGUGCCGGCAAAGUAAGCGGCCCCUGGCGAUAAGUUCUCAGCCCACUUAUUGUCUCUAUGCUGACACAUCCAUAUCAUUUAGAAUUUGA